AGCAAUGGGCAAAUUGAUCUGGACCGGGCAAGCUGAACCUAGUGUCAGAGCAGCAGUAGAUUGGCUACUAAGCUUCAAGGAAUAAGUGAAUAUUGUGUUUGGUUUAUAUCAGAAAUUGUGCUGUAAAAAGUGUGUCAAAAAGUGAAAAUGGAGUUUAAACGGACACUUCUGCUUACGAUGCUGACAACAUCAUCUUUCUUCCUGCAUGUGUCGGCAAGCUUCAUUUGCCCAAAGUAUGACACUUCACGACAGUUAUCUUCUCUAUACGCGAUGCCUCACAGCCAAACAGGCUACGUGACAUGUGUUGGAAGGAUCAAAAUCGCAGCCCACUGUCCGGAGGGAUCGGUGUGGAGUGAUGCAGUGAAAACAUGCGUUCGACAAUACUCCUCCUCGGGAGUUCAGGAGCGUACGAGACGAGAUACCGCAAUAGAAACAGUGACCACAUGUGCAACGGUUUGUCCGCAAGUGUUCGAUCCGAGGAAGCUUGUGCUAGUGGAGCAUAGUUCUUGUACGAAAUAUAAUCUGUGCGUUCUUGGGCUGAUGCUGACUGUAUCGUGCCCAAAUGAUUUGCGGUUCAAUAAGGAGCGGUGUGAAUGUGAUUUCAAGGAAAAGGUUUAUUGUGAAGGUGAAGAUCCCGCGACGACAACAGUGGAUUAUGCAUCAACCACCGAUGCGACGACAGUUUAUGAUUCAACAACAGAAGAUUCCACAACAGAAGAAUCUACCACUGAAGUCGCAACAUCCGAGUCAACGACAGAAGAUUCGACAACAGAAGAGUCUACCACUGAGGUGACGGUAUCCGAGUCUACUACGGAGGAUUCUACAACAGCAGAAUCUACCACUGAGGUCGCAACAUCCGAGUCAACGACAGAUGAGUCCACUACAGAAGAGUCUACCACUGAAGUCGCAACAUCCGAGUCCACGACAGAAGAUUCUACAACUGAAGAAUCUACCUCUGAAGUCGCAACAUCCGAGUCAACGACAGAAGAGUCCACAACAGAAGAGUCUACCACUAAAGACGCAACAUCCGAGUCCACGACAGAAGAUUCUACAACUGAAGAAUCUACCUCUGAAGUCGCAACAUCCGAGUCAACGACGGAGGAUUCGACAACAGAAGAGGCUACCACUGAAGUCGCAACAUCCGAGUCAACGACAGAAGAGUCCACUACUGAAGAAUCUACCACUGAGCUCGCAACAUCCGAGUCAACGACAGAAGAGUCCACUACAGAAGAGUCGAACACUGAGGUGACAGUAUCCGAGUCUACUUCAGAAGAUUCUACAACUGAAGAAUCUACCACUGAAGUGACAGUAUCCGAGUCCACGACAGAAGAUUCUACAACUGAAGAAUCUACAACUGAAGCCGCAACAUCGGAGUCAACGACGGAGGAUUCGACAACAGAAGAGGCUACGACUGAAGUUACAGUAUCCGAGUCUACUACAGAGGAUUCUACAACAGAAGAAUCUACCACUGAAGUCGCAACAUCCGAGUCAACGACGGAGGAUUCGACAACAGAAGAGGCUACCACUGAAGUCGCAACAUCCGAGUCAACGACAGAAGAGUCCACUACUGAAGAAUCUACCACUGAGCUCGCAACAUCCGAGUCAACGACGGAGGAUUCGACAACAGAAGAGUCUACCACUGAAGUGACAGUAUCCGAGUCCACGACAGAAGAUUCUACAACUGAAGAAUCUACAACUGAAGCCGCAACAUCGGAGUCAACGACGGAGGAUUCGACAACAGAAGAGGCUACGACUGAAGUUACAGUAUCCGAGUCUACUACAGAGGAUUCUACAACAGAAGAAUCUACCACUGAAGUCGCAACAUCCGAGUCAACGACGGAGGAUUCGACAACAGAAGAGGCUACCACUGAAGUUAUAGUAUCCGAGUCUACUACGGAGGAUUUUACUACUGAAGAAUCUACCACUGAGGUCGCAACAUCCGAGUCAACGACGGAGGAUUCGACAACAGAAGAUUCCACCACUGAGGUGACAGUAUCCGAAUCCACGACAGAAGAUUCUACAACUGAAGAAUCUACAACUGAAGCCGCAACAUCGGAGUCAACGACGGAGGAUUCGACAACAGAAGAGGCUACGACUGAAGUUACAGUAUCCGAGUCUACUACAGAGGAUUCUACAACAGAAGAAUCUACCACUGAAGUCGCAACAUCCGAGUCAACGACGGAGGAUUCGACAACAGAAGAGGCUACCACUGAAGUUAUAGUAUCCGAGUCUACUACGGAGGAUUUUACUACUGAAGAAUCUACCACUGAGGUCGCAACAUCCGAGUCAACGACGGAGGAUUCGACAACAGAAGAUUCCACCACUGAGGUGACAGUAUCCGAAUCCACGACAGAAGAUUCUACAACUGAAGAAUCUACCACUGAAGCCGCAACAUCCGAGUCAACGACGGAGGAUUCGACAACAGAAGAGGCUACCACUGAAGUUACAGUAUCCGAGUCUACUACGGAGGAUUCUACAACAGAAGAAUCUACCACUGAAAUCGCAACAUCCGAGUCAACGACGGAGGAUUCGACAACAGAAGAGUCUACCACUGAGGUGACAGUAUCCGAGUCUACUACGGAGGAUUCUACAACUGAAGAAUCUACCACUGAGGUCGCAACAUCCGAGUCUACGACAGAAGAGUCCACAACAGAAGAGUCUACCAAUGAGAUGACAGUAUCCGAGUCCACGACAGAAGAUUCUACAACUGAAGAAUCUACUACUGAGGUCGCAACAUCCGAGUCAACGACGGAGGAUUCGACAACAGAAGAGUCCACCACUGAGGUGAUAGUAUCCACUGCAUCUUCAACAUCUGAAGUGCCUACAUCCGAAUCAACAACGGAAGCGUCAACUCAAUCGAUAUCAUUAUCAACGAUUGAAGUAACACCAGAUGAAACGACUUCAAGUACCUCCUCAGAAACAACAACUGCUCUCCCAGUAUCUUCAAGUACGGAGAGAACGCCAGUGUCGGGGGCCGAAAUUGUUACAGGCAUUUCCAAAGCGUUUGAAAAAGUGUCGAGCAUUUUUGAAACAUUAGCCAAAAUAUUUGCAUCGGCCAUUAAGAGCAACUAGAAUGAUAGAAAAAUGUUGUUGACUGAAUUGUAAAUUAUUUUUGUAUAUAAAAUUGUAACAACUCGUUUGACUUAAAAUAAUAAACACACACAAGUAUUGAACAAAAAACA